CUAAUGCAUUACCCUCUCGCACCUCUCUUCUUCUCUCUCUCUUUCUCUAUCUCUCUAUCUCUUUACUCUUGUUUUCCCUGAUCAGAAUAGAAACUAGAACCUUAUCGGCUAUUCUCACUCUCUCUCUCUCUCUCACAGUAUGAGAAGAAGGUUGGAUCUCUUGCCUCAGCCGCCGCCUCCACCAUUGCCAGUGUCCAUUGGAAGUGGAAUUCCAGAGACUACUGCUGGUGGUGGUGGUGCUGAUGAUUAUUCUUUGUCGUCGUCGUCGUCGCCGUCGCCGACGAAAGGGAAUCUGAACCCGAGCCUUCUCAUAAUCUCUCUCAUCCUUCUAGCAGUGUUACUUUUCUCCGUCUUACUCCACCUAUUCCUCCGCUACCUCAGCCGCUCCUCCUCCUCUUCCUCCGGUGAUCACAACGUGGCAUCUGCAGACCACACACAUCACGCUCACCGAAUCUCCAGUCGCCGUGUUUCCCCCGAGUAUCAAUCUCUAAUUGAUUCACUCCCUCUCUUUUCCUUCGGCUCUGUCGCUGGUAUCAAAAGCUCAACCACAGUUGAUUGUGCUGUUUGUUUAUCCAAACUCGAACCUCACGAUCAGCUCCGCUUGCUUCCACUCUGCUGUCACGCCUUCCAUGCCGACUGCAUCGACACGUGGCUUGCUUCGAACCACACUUGUCCUCUCUGCCGAUCAACUAUCCGUGUGGACGAAUCCGAGGAACUUGCAAAGCUUUCUUCUUUAUCGGCCGGUGGUGGAGAUAGUUUCCGGUUAGAGAUUGGAAGCGUCAGUCGCCGGAGUAGUGCUGUCACCGAUUCCGGUGGCGUUCCCAACUCCCGUAGGUCUUAUUCCAUUGGAUCAUUCGAUUAUGUGGUGGAAGAAGACUCUGAAGUUGUGGUAGCGGGCAGGCAAGGAGGUUCUGAGUACAAUCAUGGGCGGAAGGAUAUAAAUGGUGCGGAUUCUACGGCGGAGGCGAAUGUGGCUGUACCGGAAAUGCCGGGAGAUCAGGUGGCGGCGGAGGUUGGCGGUGGUGGGAGAUCGUGGUUGAAGGAUUAUGUGGACCGGUUGGCUUCAUCGGCUUCCUCGUCGUUUUCUUCUCGGACUCUAUCGUUUCGACAUCCAGGUAGGAUUUUUAACGGCAGUAGUCGCCGGAGCGGUGACGGUGCCGUUGCCGGUGUUGGGGAAGUCGGGAGUUGGGAUUUGGAGGGAAAUUGGGUAAGCGAAGAAAUGGGGAGCUUCUUUCGGUGGCUGUCAGGGGUAUGACUGGUAAUUUUAGAUCAUAAUUGGGGCAAUUUUGUUGUGUAGGAAAUAACAAGAAAUAGCCUCAAGGGUUCUGUACAAAAAUUGGAAUUUUUUUUUGCUGGGUUUAACUUCUUGUCACUGCGCAUGGCUGACAUUUUAUUUUUUGUAAUUAUGUAUCAUUUUCAUUUCUAAGCAACGUUAAUUGUGGCUGAAAAUUUGUUAACA